AUGUCCUUACCUCGAUCAACGCGGAGGCUAGUGCCGCGAGUCACCAACCGAUGCUACUCGAGUGCUCCCUCGCCGCGGGCGAAGCUCAACUUGCCCAUUGAUUACAAGAGUACGCCGAUUUUACAUCACACACCAUCAUCCUUGUCUAAUGUCUCCGAGUUCCCGGCCGGGGCGACCAGCAAGAAGUUGAACUACUUCCAGGCAAUCAACUCCGCCUUGAGGACAGCUUUGACGAAAUCGGACAAGGUCAUGCUGUUUGGCGAAGAUGUGGCUUUUGGUGGUGUUUUCCGAUGCUCGAUGGAUCUGCAGACAGAGUUUGGCUCAGAAAGGGUCUUCAAUACUCCAUUGACGGAACAAGGAAUUGCUGGCUUUGCUAUUGGGGCCGCAGCCGAGGGCAUGAAGCCAGUGGCUGAGAUUCAGUUCGCCGACUACGUCUAUCCAGCCUUUGAUCAGAUCGUCAACGAAGCUGCAAAGUUUCGGUACCGAGAAGGCGGUACUGGAAUAAAUGUCGGAGGUUUGGUGAUUCGGAUGCCCUGUGGCGCGGUCGGGCACGGUGCUUUGUACCACUCACAAUCCCCCGAGGCUCUUUUUGCACACGUACCCGGCGUUCGAGUCGUGAUGCCUCGAUCUCCUGCCCAGGCUAAGGGUCUUCUCCUCUCCUCCAUUUUCAACCACAACGACCCAGUCAUUUUCAUGGAGCCGAAGAUUCUCUAUCGCGCAGCUGUGGAACACGUGCCCAAUGAGUACUACACAAUACCUCUCAGCAAAGCAGAAGUGAUCAAGCCGGGCAAAGACUUGACAAUCAUAUCCUACGGUCAGCCGCUUUAUCUCUGCUCAUCGGCGAUCUCGGCUAUCGAAAAGACAAUGAAAGGUGUCAGUAUUGAACUAAUCGAUCUGCGAACCAUCUAUCCAUGGGAUCGACAGACCGUCAUUGAUAGUGUUCGCAAGACAGGACGAGCCGUCGUUGUUCACGAAAGUAUGAUCAACUACGGCGUCGGUGCCGAGGUUGCUGCAACUUUGCAAGAAGGUGCAUUCCUUCGUUUGGAAGCCCCCGUGAAACGAGUGGCCGGGUGGAGCACCCAUACCGGUCUAUCUUAUGAGCAGUUUAUUCUCCCCGACGUGGCGAGAAUUUACGAUGCGGUGAAACAGACUCUGGAAUACUAG